AUGAAGUACUCCGUCGCCAUCGCUGCCCUCGCCGCCGUCGUCGUCGCCCAGGUCGACCCCACCAUCAUCCCCGAGUGCGCCCGCGACUGUCUCCUCAAGGCCACCGCCUCCGCUACCAGCUGCAAGGAGGGCGACUACACUUGCACUUGCAUUCCCUCCAACAAGGCCGCCAUCCAGGCCGCGGCCACCAGCUGUGUCAUCGCCGCCUGCGGUGUUGAGAAGGCCGUCAGCGAGGUCAUCCCUGCCUCUGACAAGCUCUGCGCUGCCGCCGGCUCCGGCGGUGGUGCUGCCAGCUCUGCUGCCUCCUCUGCUGCCGCUCCCUCUUCUGCUGCCGUCUCCUCCGCCGCCUCCUCCGCUGCCUCCUCCGCCGCUCCCUCCGUGAGCAUCCCGACCUCUGCCGCCGGCUCUGCCUCCCUCCCCGUCCUCACCCUCACCUCCUCCGUGCCCGCGGCCACCACCACCAAGGCCCCUAGCGGCAACGCCACCACCACUGGCGCCGGCAGCUCUACCUCCGCCCCUGUCCAGGCUGGCGCUGGUGCUCUGGCCCCUCUCGGCGGUCUCGCCAUGCUCGUCCUUGGUGCCCUUGCCAUCUAA